AUGGGUGGGGGACACCCCAUAACUCAACCCAGAGAUCCCACGCACAUGUGCGCAGCCACGUGCCGACGCCCAUGUUCCAGUAGGCAGGCAUCUGCGCCAGACUCAUCCCUCAACCACCCACCUUGCCCCUCAACCACCCACCUUGCCCCUCAACCACCCACCUUGCCCUCAACCACCCACCUUGCCCUCAACCACCCACCUUGCCCCUCAACCAUCCACCGUGCCCCUCAACCACCCACCUUGCCCCUCAACCACCCACCUUGCCCUCAACCACCCACCUUGCCCUCAACCACCCACCUUGCCCUCAACCACCCACCUUGCCCCUCAACCACCCACCUUGCCCUCAACCACCCACCUUGCCCCUCAACCACCCACCUUGCCCCUCAACCACCCACCUUGCCCCUCAACCACCCACCUUGCCCCUCAACCACCCACCUUGCCCCUCAACCACCCACCUUGCCCUCAACCACCCACCUUGCCCCUCAACCACCCACCUUGCCCCUCAACCACCCACCUUGCCCCUCAACCAUCCACCUUGCCCUCAACCACCCACCUUGCCCUCAACCACCCACCUUGCCCCUCAACCACCCACCUUGCCCUCAACCACCCACCUUGCCCCUCAACCACCCACCUUGCCCCUCAACCAUCCACCUUGCCCUCAACCACCCACCUUGCCCUCAACCACCCACCUUGCCUCUCAACCACCCACCUUGCCCUCAACCACCCACCUUGCCCCUCAACCACCCACCUUGCCCCUCAACCACCCACCUUGCCCCUCAACCACCCACCUUGCCCCUCAACCACCCACCUUGCCCCUCAACCACCCACCUUGCCCUCAACCACCCACCUUGCCCCUCAACCACCCACCUUGCCCCUCAACCACCCACCUUGCCCCUCAACCAUCCACCUUGCCCUCAACCACCCACCUUGCCCUCAACCACCCACCUUGCCCCUCAACCACCCACCUUGCCCUCAACCACCCACCUUGCCCCUCAACCACCCACCUUGCCCCUCAACCAUCCACCUUGCCCUCAACCACCCACCUUGCCCUCAACCACCCACCUUGCCUCUCAACCACCCACCUUGCCCUCAACCACCCACCUUGCCCCUCAACCACCCACCUUGCCCUCAACCACCCACCUUGCCCUCAACCACCCACCUUGCCCCUCAACCAUCCACCGUGCCCCUCAACCACCCACCUUGCCCCUCAACCACCCACCUUGCCCUCAACCACCCACCUUGCCCUCAACCACCCACCUUGCCCUCAACCACCCACCUUGCCCCUCAACCACCCACCUUGCCCUCAACCACCCACCUUGCCCCUCAACCACCCACCUUGCCCCUCAACCACCCACCUUGCCCCUCAACCACCCACCUUGCCCCUCAACCACCCACCUUGCCCCUCAACCACCCACCUUGCCCCUCAACCACCCACCUUGUCCCUCAACCACCCACCUUGCCCUCUUGCCCGCCUCGCCCCAGGUUGGCGUUCUCUGCACGGCUCCUGGAGGUGUGGAGGAGGGGGGACGGGUGGGGGUGGAGGAUGAUCAGCACCGCCCUCCUCUUUCCACUGAAUGCAAUCAGAAUGAACAGCCUUACGACGCCACCGUCCUCCUCUUUCCACUGAAUGCAAUCAGAAUGAACAGCCUUACGACGCCACCGUCCUCCUCUUUCCACUGA